AUGACGCGGACGCGAGCCAUGCAGAGGGCGGCGGACGUGGCGGGGGCGGGUGCGCGUCCGCGGAGGCCUCAGGGGGCCGCCCCUUGGCGCGACCCCAACGCGGGUGCGCGCACCACUCAGCCUUCCAGACAGGCCCGCGCGCGGGGUAGGGGGCAAGCCGCGGACUCGCUCAUCUCUGUCGAGUCACCAGAUUUCAUCCCUAACGUCUUCCUCCUGCGGGUGAAGCUGGAGGAGACUGGAGAGCUAUUCCGCGUGCCCAACUGCCGCAACGACAUGACGGUGCGGGAGCUCAAAGAGCUGGACCUGACAGCCGGCAUCCCCUUCCACCUGCAGCGACUGCAGUUCCUGGACCAAGGAAUUUUGAUGGACGAUGCCACCCUGCAGUUCUACGACGUCGUCCCGGGAGCAGUUAUUUCAUUAUGUAUCUGGCAUUAUGAUGGUUGGACCGAACUGGUUUUGGCUGCCGUGGAAGGGGACCCCAGUAAGCUGUCAUGUCUUGGCGUCAGCGAGGAUACCGAAUUCCGAACAGCGAACUCACGGUAUUUUCAGGGUGAGCUGUGGAAGCAGUGGAUCGCUCAGAGGGCGUUUGUGGCCUUGUACAUCUCUGCUCACAGAGGCCACGUGGACGCGGUGCGAUAUCUUCUAGAAAUUGGAACAAACUGCCUGGGCAAAUCACCCCUGGGCAGGACCCCUCUGCAUGCAAUUGCAGCCACAGGCAAGAUAGACUGCCUUGAGCCCUUGCUGGACUAUGGUGCCUCCAUCCAUGAAAAAGACCUGAAGGGCGACACACCCAUCUCCAUUGCACGGCGCCUGCACCGCAGAAACUUCGAGCACAAGAUGUUCCUCCUGUACUGGAUGAUGAGGACCGGUAAAAGGUCUGAUGCGGUGCCGAGAGAGCCUCCAGGAAACUCGGGAUCUGGGAAUGUGCGGAAGAAGAGCUUAAUGUAG